UCUCCUUCGCCAACCAGCGCAGCGAUGGGGCAAAUCGUCUCGAGCGCCACGCCCUCGGCUGCCACAACAGCCAUCAUCGACAGCUACGUCUCCGAGCUUCCCAACAUCAGCUAUGAACGCAGCUUGGGCACUGGCCGGUUCAUCAAGACCAUCAGGUGUCGACAGGGCCCGCACAGUCUUGUAGUUGUUAAAAUCUUUGUCAAGCCCUCGCCAUCGGUGUCUCUGGACAUCUACACCAAGCAGAUCCAAUACGAAAGAAGCAUCCUCCAGGACAUUCCCAACACGUUACCGUACAGCCGGAUCCUCGAGACAGAGCGGGCCGGAUAUAUGAUACGUGGAUGUAUCCAUAGCAAUCUCUACGACCGGAUCAGCACCCGGCCGUUUCUGGACUCUCGCGAGAAAAUAUGGAUUGUCUUUCAAGUGAUGUCGGCGCUUUCGAGUGCACAUAGCAAGCAGAUAUUCCAUGGCGAUAUCAAAACAGAGAAUAUUCUUGUCACCACCUGGAAUUGGGCCUACCUCUCCGACUUUAGCAACUUCAAACCGGUCUAUUUGCCUGAAGACAACCCCUCCGAUUUCUCCUAUUUCUUCGACACCUCCAGUCGCCGCGUCUGCUAUCUGGCUCCCGAGCGGUUUUACGCCCCUGGCGAAACCCUCUUCACCAACAAGACGGGCCGCUGCACGCCUGCGAUGGACAUAUUUUCGAUGGGCUGUACCAUCGCGGAGCUGUUUCUCGAAGGCAUUCCCAUGUUCUCAUUUUCCCAGCUACUAAGAUACCGCAGCGGUGAAUACGACCCAAGCCCGCAGCUGGACAAGAUUGAGGACGAAAACGUUCGGAGCCUUGUCAAGCACAUGAUUCAGCUGGAUCAAUCCAAGAGACUGUCCGCUGCCGACUAUUUGUACAAAUGGCGAGGCACGCUGUUCCCGCACUAUUUUUUCGAUUUCUUACAUCCUUACAUGAUCACCAUGUCCGAGCCCACAUCCUGGAUUCGCGGCCCAGAAGAGAGCACUCCGUGUACCUAUGUGAUUGCGAAUGGAGGGCGCAGCGUCGUGCCCAUCGUUGCCGAAGCCGACGCCAAGAUUGGGAAAAUAUGGUCCGACUUUGACAUGAUCUCUUCGGCGCUGCAAAUCCCGCUCGACCCCAGUGUACUGGCCAAGAGCCGCGAGACAAUCAGGUCGGGUGGGCUCCCUGUCGUCCUCGGCAUCCCUGGAUACAACAUCCCUGUGACAGCCAUGCGCAAGGUUCCCGAGGCUGAAAUGUCGUGUCUGGCCUUCACGUCGGUUGUGUGCUCGUACAUCCGGAACGUGGUGUUCCCGUCCUCCAAACUCUACGGCAUCGAUCUUCUCUUGGCAUUCGGCUUCCAGCUCUCGGACGAACACCGGAUCGAAAGAGUAAUUCCGUUCUUGAUCACUAUGGUCAGAGACGAGAGUGCUCAAGUGCGAGCCGCGGUUAUUCGUGCCGUUACUCAGUUGCUGUCACUUGUCGAGACAAUCACGGCCUCGGAUGCCAACCUGUUUCCAGAGUACAUCCUGCCCCAUUUGAAGGGUUUGUCGCUCGAUCCAGAUGUACUUGUGCGCUGCGCCUUUGCCCAGUGUAUUGCCACUCUGGCGGAGACCGCUCUCCGCUUCUUGGAGCUGAGUCAGCUACUCAAGAGCGAAAUGUCGCGCGAGGCCGACAAGGACGCAAAUCUACUCAUGAUGUCAUAUGACACCUCGCUCAAGGAGCUUCAGGAAACGAUCCAAGAAGACGUCGCCGCCAUCUUGGCCGAUGUUGACCCAGUCACGAAACGAGGCAUUCUUGCCGACAUGCCACGGCUAUGCAUCUUCUUUGGUCGCCAGCAAGCCAACGACGUGCUCUUGGGGCACAUGAUCACGUAUCUCAACGAUCAGGACUGGCAGCUGCGAUGCGCUUUCUUUGAAAGCGUUGUCGGAGUAGUGACGUUCUCCGGCCGCCGUACCCUCGACGAAUAUGUGCUCCCGAUCAUGAUACAAGCCCUGACAGAUGCCGAGGAGUAUGUCGCGGAGAAAGUCCUGGCCUCCCUCGCAAGCUUGGCAGAGCUGGGAUUGAUCAGCAAGAUCCGACUCAAAGAACUCGUGACGAUGAUUCUUCCGCUUGUCUGCCAUCCGAGCAUCUGGAUCAGAUAUGCCUCGGUUUCAUUUGUUUCGUCGGCAUGCCGGCUGCUUCCCAGCCUCGACGUUCAGUGUGUGGUCUAUCCCAGCCUCCGCCCGUUUCUCAGGAUGGACAUCCCAGAGAUCACGGACAUCCUCAUCUUGGAAGCGCUCAAGAUGCCCGUGAGUCGGCUGCUUUACGACCAAGCCGCGCUCUUUGCCUCCAAAAGCCCCCAAGGCGGUUUCGGCAAGGAUGACCAAAGCGAUAUCUCGACAAACGGCGAAAGCGCGCUGAUAUCCAAGCUGCGGGAUCUGGGAAUGUCCGACGAGGAUCGCGAGAAGCUGUUCUCGCUCAAGUACUUUAUCUUCAAAUCGGCCCAGGCCAAAACGAGUACCAAUGGCUCGCCCGAAGAAGCCAACCCUGGUAACCUGGUCUUAAAGGCACUGGGCGUCACCGCACAUACCGUUUUCUUGACACCGCCGGCCGAGCCUGUGGCAACCAGAGCGCGUCCAAAGUCGCCAGCCAAUCCUCCCCAACCCACCUAUGCAGCAGUAGCCAGCGGCAACACCGACCGACAGAUCGCGAGUGAGAGGCAGAGGCUCUCCCGACUGGGCUCCGACACAAGCGACGCUUCUCGCACCAAACUCACUGGUGCCCCGGCGAGCAGCUCGUCGCUGCCCUCUGGCCCGCGCGACGAACUGCUGUCCACACGAACGAGCCCAGCCGGCCCAUUGUCCCCUGGGCUCUCCCCGGGACUGCUUCGCAAGCCGCACACCCGAGCUGCGUCUGUGAUGAGCUCCGGCACCAGCGUCACGGCCGAAUCCGAAGCCGUUACUCGACUUGCAGCCAGUGGGGAUCCGCUGAAGGCCCUUGUUGGAACGGGAGACAGCAAAGACAACAGUCUGCGGAAGCUUCUCGAGAACAAAACAGCCGAAUACUUCCCGCCGCCCAUCCCCGAGCUCGGCAAAAAGGUGAUCCCGCCGAACGUCGGACCUGUGAUUGUUCCGCUCCCGAAAGACAAUCGCUCUCGCAAGGCAAUGCCAGCCGUAUCCACAGACCUUAGGACGUGGAGACCCGAAGGCACUCUGGUAUCCCAUCUUGCCGAGCACAAAGGGCGGAUCCAUCAGCUGAAGCUUGCACCCGACCACAACUUCUUUGCCACUUGUUCGGACGACGGCACAGUCAAGAUCUGGGAUACCCAGCGCCUCGAGACCAAUGUUUCAAAUUGCUCGCGCCUGACUUAUUCAGCACAGGGUGGCCACAUCCGCUCGAUAGCUUUUUGCGAAAACACCCACAGCUUCAUCUCGGUAUCGGAUCGCGGCUCGUUGCACGUCUGUCGAAUCGAGUAUGUCGGCACGUCGACCCUGCCAAAGUACAACGGAAUCCAGACCGUGAGAGAGGUCUCGACGACCGAUGGCGACUUUGCCACAAUGGUCCAUCACUACGACGCAGAUACUCAAUCCAUGGCCGUGUAUGCCACCGCCAAGGGCAAGAUCCAUGGCCUCGAUCUUCGCACCAUGAAAGUUGUGUGGUCGCUGGACUCGCCAGCACACCAUGGCUUCCUUACCAGCUUCGACUUUGAUCCCCGGCACCUGUGGAUGGCGACGGCGACUCAGCGCGGCAUCUUUUCAGUCUGGGACCUGCGCUUUGGGCUGCGGCUCAAGUCAUGGAGCCACCCAGCCGCUGGACGCAUUCACAAGAUUUCCUGUGCCAGCCCCACCACCAACCUGACCCGCGCCAAUUCGGGCAAAAUCUGGGACACCCAAGCCGGAAAGAUUGUUUCGCUGUCGAUAUCGGGCCAGACCAACGAGAUCUCCUCAUGGGAUAUCGAGAGCGGCGACUGCCAAGAGGUUUGGUGCAUCAUGAGCAACUCCAACAACACCAAGAGCUCAAACAGCAUCGACAGCGACACCGAUGUGAUGUCAGUGUAUUCAAACGGAUAUGCGGCCUCCCUCGUUCCGGAGCGACCGAACUAUGUCCCAGCAAGUACCAUCGCUUCGCCUUCGGUGAACUCAAAAGACGGCAGCCCGCGCUGCUUUGUAGCGCGCAAGGGUCUGCCGUACAUGAUUGCUGGCGGCGGCGACCGCAAGAUCAGGCUUUGGGACUUGGCCAACAUCGAGAACUCCUACAUAAUCUGCGGGCAUGACGCAGAUGAAGUUGCGCCUCGCUACAGCUCUCACAAGCAAGGCAAUCUCUCCUUCAAUCUCGAAUACGUCCCGGCCCACUCAUUUUCCGGGCCGACGGGACGAGCAUCCACUCCCUCUCAGUCGGGCACUGCGUCGCCAGGCGCGGCAAGCUAUCGCCCGCUGCGCCAGGGAUUUGGACUGCAGCGAUCCGCCUCGGCUGGCGGGCCUGGCGGAGCCGGAAUGAUUGCGACGGGGACGGGCAACACUCUGCACCUCGAUGCCGUCGUGGACCUCGAGAUCACAGAGGUUCCAUAUCCGAUGAUCGUGAGUGCCGGACGCGACGGCAUUGUCAAGGUGUGGAAGUAGAUUGUGGGCGAUUCGUUUGGCUCCGGCACCCAAAACAAGAUACCGGCAACUGUCGCUGGCCGUGGCUCUGUUUGGGCCGUGAAUACCUACGUCCAUCCGGUGCGCUCCAAGAGUACCGCAUCCUGAUACCGAGACCAUCGAGGACGAUGGAUGUGUGUGUGUGUGGUGGCGGGGGAGGUGAAGUUCGAGACAGCCGAGCU